GAGCAGUGGCGCGGCGAGAAGCGGCGCGCGCACGCGUCUAUGCCACCGAUCAGCUGCGCGCGCGACAAUUCGCGUUUCGAAAUCUGGAUUGCACCAAGCGCGGUUCCGUUGCGUCUCGUGUUAGUGGUUACGCGGAACUAGAAUGGAAACGAUGACCUCGCCGCCGCACGGCGCACGCCGCGCCCGCCUGCGACGCCGCGCGCACGAGUGCCAAACGAGCCGCGCGGUGAAAUGAAAAAGGAAUGCAGUGAUGGAAUACUUAGCCAGUGUUGGUGCUUUAAAAACAGUGAAAAUGUUAGUGUUGUCGAAUAUAUUUCGCGCGAGUCAUCCCCCGAAUCAAAUGAUGCCGAGGGAGGUGAGCGUGCCGGAAACGAGGCCUUCGGAGAGGAACUCAGUGUCGCAGAACUCGCUGCGGAUAAAACACAGAACGAAAACGCACGAUAACAUCAACGCGUCGCACGAGAUGGACUGCGAUGCGAAGACAGUGAAACGGGAAAAGUGCCUUUCGAACAGCGUGGACGCGAUCGUCACGCGCAACGAUGCCAAAAGUAAAGUGAUAUGCAGUGCCAAAGGUUUAUUAGAGACUAAUCUAGACGAUUUGUUCAACGAUGUAAAUAAUUUGGAGGGUUGGACGGCGGAGCCAAAGAGUUUGGGCGCGAGCGAGCCGACCCUCAGCUUCAGCGAGGGUGGCGAGGGGACUGUCACGCGCGGAUCCCUCGUGUCAGAGGACGACAGUGAGGACGAUGCGAGCAGUGACAGCGACUGCACGGACGAGGUGCUGCGCGAGCAGAGGAUAUGUAUGGGCGCCAGGCGGUUCGGACACAUGCUGCGCAGGGUCAUAUCUAGGAAUGUAUUCCCGAACGUGCCCGCGGCGCCGGGCAUGCCGUGCGCUGGCGAAGACAGAAGCAUAUACAGACGUGGCGCGCGCCGGUGGCGGAAGCUCUACCGAGUCAACGGACACAUUUUCCAGGCUAAGAGAUUCAACAGACGUGCGUUCUGCGCGUUCUGCCAGGACCGCAUAUGGGGCCUCGGGCGGCAGGGGUUCAAGUGCAUCCAGUGCAAGCUGCUGGUGCACAAGAAGUGCCACAAGCUCGUGCAGAAGCCCUGCUCCAACGAGCACGUCGACCCCAUCGAGGUCAAGGACGACGCCAAUGGGGAGUCCACGCUCGGCCGCGCCUCGUCCGUCAGACGGGUGAGCGCGGAGGAGCUGGCGCCGGCGGCGGAGACGCCCCCCGCGCCCGCGCCGUCUGCGCCUGCGCACGACCUCGAGCCCGGCUCGCAGCGCCAGUACUCGCUCGACGACUUCGAGCUCAUCAGGGUCAUCGGACGCGGCUCAUACGCCAAGGUGCUGAUGGUGGAACUGAAGCGAACGAAGCGCAUAUACGCGAUGAAGGUGAUAAAGAAGGCGUUGGUGACGGACGACGAGGACAUCGACUGGGUGCAGACAGAGAAGCACGUGUUCGAGACGGCGUCCAAUCACCCGUUCCUCGUGGGGCUGCACUCCUGCUUCCAGACGCCGAGCCGGCUGUUCUUUGUCAUCGAGUUCGUGCGCGGCGGUGACCUCAUGUUCCACAUGCAGCGCCAGCGGCGGCUCCCGGAGGAGCACGCGCGGUUCUACGCGGCGGAGAUCUCUCUCGCGCUGCACUUCCUGCACGAGCGCGGCGUCAUCUACCGCGACCUCAAGCUCGACAACGUGCUGCUCGACCACGAGGGGCACAUCAAGCUCACCGACUACGGCAUGUGCAAGGAGGGCGUGAGGCCAGGCGACACGACGUCCACAUUCUGCGGCACGCCGAACUACAUCGCGCCGGAGAUCUUGCGCGGCGAGGAGUACGGGUUCUCGGUGGACUGGUGGGCGCUAGGCGUCCUCACCUACGAGAUGCUGGCCGGACGCUCGCCCUUCGACAUCGCGCAGGCCGCUGACAACCCUGACCAGAACACUGAGGACUAUCUCUUCCAGGUGAUCCUAGAGAAGACGAUCCGUAUCCCUCGCUCGCUGUCGGUGAAGGCGGCGUCGGUGCUGAAGGGCUUCCUCAACAAGAACCCCGUGGAGCGGCUCGGCUGCGGCGAGAACGGCUUCCUCGACAUCGUGAACCACCCGUUCUUCAAGAGCAUCGAGUGGGAGAUGUUGGAGCAGAAGCAAGUGGUGCCGCCGUUCAAGCCGCGGCUGGAGGGCGAACGCGACCUCGCCAACUUCCCGCCGGAGUUCACCGACGAGCCAGUGCAUCUCACGCCCGACAACGAUACGGUGAUCGCGGACAUCGACCAGUCGGAGUUCGAGGGCUUCGAGUACGUGAACCCGCUGCUGAUGUCGCUGGAGGACUGCGUGUGACACCACGCCUGUCUGCUGCACCCCUACCACGACCCCGCGCAGGCGUACGGUUACGGCGCGGAGUCGUCGUCGUCCGACUACGACUCGGUGUGCUCGGAGCUGCCGGCCCGCAAGCCGACGCUGUUGCGGCACAUGUUCUGCUUGCCGCUCAACUGACCCCGCCACAGAAGGCACAAGCGCGACUCACUGCCGAGACACGACCCGACUUAAUCACACAACCCGCACGCGUUCAUAUGGCUUCAUGUUAUACUUGCAAAAAAAUAUAUUUUGUGUUUGCAAAUAUCGAUUUUAUAAUCGAUUCUUAAAUUACAUAAAAAUAAUUUCGGACUUGAGAAAAUUACGCAAAAACCCAGUUCUUAUUUAUAAAAUCGAACAGAAUUGGAAAAAUUAUGUAAAUCGUUUCAAAGAUAUCGAUAAAGUGUAUAUGAAGCCAUGUAAACGAGUGGUGAUCGCAGCGCGUUUGUGUGUUUUGCACACUGUACUGUACACAGACCUUACCGCUUACUGUGAGUCGUCAAACACUUUCGUUUUCCACGCAUUUUACCAACACACUAUAUCACACCCUCAUCACUACAAUCGUCUUCUAAAAGAUAGCAACAAGUAUCGAUAAAUUGCUUUCAUAUAUGGUCGUUGUGAUUGCAAAAUAUAUUUUAUUAACACUAACAUGUCCUAAUGUGUGUACAUAACAGAGUUACUGUAGUGUCUGUACGUAUUCAAAAUACAUAUUCCUGUUAUUUUACUAAAUAAUGGGGUGCAUUAUUUUCACAACCCAAAACGUAUGGGAUUGAGUACCACCGUCUAUUUAUCUCAACUAGUAUUGAAUUUUAGUUUAACUCGAGAGUGUAGCCAAUAUUGGUGCUCCUAAUUUGUAGCGCGUGUCAUACAAAGCUAUAUCACUUAGGUAGGGUACAGCGAACACAUUUCAAACACUAACUUACUCUUCUCAAAUAUAUUUUGAGAUAUAAAGCUUCUUGUAAAUAAUUAAUCGUCUAUGUAUUAUAUGAUAUAAGAUUUGAAUAUUUUUGAAAAGUGUAGUGUCUGUUUAAUUAUUGUCAAGUUGAAACGAGUUGUGUACUUCCAUAAAUAUCUUGACGUACGGUAUCGAUGUUUACACUUACUUGCAGAAAUUAGAGAUUGGAUAUUAUAAUAUAAAUUGUACAAAAUAUUAAUUAUGCAAAUGUCUCCAAGAUCUUAUAAACAACUCAAAUUUCUACAAAUAAGUUGAGGUUUUAGUGUCGAUAGUUUUCAAUUACUUGCAAUGUUAUCGGGAUUUCAAAAACCCCUAAAUAUUUGUACUACAUAGUAAGUACUGUUUUGUCGCACGUCUAUGUUAUUACUUACCAAGUUAUUAUUUAUUGCUGAAAAUGUUAUCGACAUUAUGAGAGGAAGUCGAUACAAUCGAUAUUUGAAAGUAAACUAUCGACACAUAUGACCCACUAGUGAGUAGUGCGUGGACGUCAAAAUUAUCAAUAAUUAUGUUUUUCGAGCAAUAAAAUUGUAAUUGUAGUUGAAAUUAUUAUAUAUGUUAAUAUGAGUCAGUCGAUCUGCUCAAAUGAAACGCACGUGAGGAAUUAAAAGUAGUGAAUUUGCGACUAUCGAGUCGAAUAAAAGCAUUAUAAGUCCUUAUCAGAUUAGUGUAUUCUCUAGAGCUUAGAUAUAAGCUAGAUUCGUGUCUAAAUCUCUAAACACAGUGCGCAGUGUGUUGCGUGCAGUAGUGUAGGAAAAAAUAUAUAUUCUUUCAAUUGUACAUUUAUCGCAUCACGCCUUGCUCAGAAUUAAUAUAUAACAAGUAAAAUCACAUACAAUAUUAUUGAAUAGAUUGUAAUAUCCUCUGUUGAUGUUGUGCAAAUAAAAAAUAUUAACUUAUUUUUGUGUAUAGUAAAGUAUAAAUAUUGUAGCAGGAAAUGUAGUACGCAGCACGCUGUGCCACUAUAUGCUAAUAUGCUCUCAGCGCCAUGAACAGUCGCCUUAAUAUUUUGCUUUCAUUUCACUUGAUAUGAGCCUGCCCAUAGCGCUGGGUGCGAGAUAUAUUCCCUACAGUAGAUUCUGUUGUCCUUCAUAGCUAAACACCACUCGUUUAGGUAGCCAACGAAUUUUAUAAAAAAACUAUAUAAUAUUGAGCACUGAAACAAAUUUAAGAUCAUGUAUAUUUAAAGAAUAUAAAUUGAAAACAUCUGUUAUUGAAAAGUAUAACAAAUUAUUGUUAAUGUAGAAGAAAAGACUUAUUAUAUAAAAAAAUAUUGUAUUGGAAGCGAGGUGGCGGCGCAUGCGCGGCCCUCUCAGUCCACUGACUAUUCUAAAUAGUGCGUAGAACUAUCUAUUAGACAUUUUGCACCUAUAUUAUAGUGAUCACACGCGCGUCGAUUUUUCCGCUCGAUAUCUUCCCGCGGUGUGUUUUCUUGCUCCAUAUGCGAUUUAUUGGAAUCCAGCAAAACCUAUAAACUUACUUAUCGAUAAUUAUUAAAUUCCGAGCGCACUAAAAUAGUCAUAAAAAUGAUCAUCACAAAUAAGGUGUUGCGAGUUCCGAUAAAUCCAUAUGAGAGUGCGGCUUAACUAAUUUAUAUUCAUGUUGUUGCCCUACGGAGGAUGUGUUUUAUCGAUGUGUUGCUGAUGUUAUAGUGUUGAAUAAUAUUUUGUGCUAUUGUGUUUCGCUCUGGAGCUUGUUUAUCGACUGCGCUUCGCCGGGUUGUGCUCUUUCUCUAUCUCCGUUCGUAGAGUAGAAGGGAACGGGAGAGUGAGUCGAUACAGUGCGUUGCAGAGCGGGCGUGUGGCGGCGCGCGGCUCGGAGACGUGCGCUUGCUGUAUUCAUUUGUAUUUAUAUAAAGUAUUUAAUUAUUUGUAAGCUACAGUAUUUUGGUACUAUUACGCUUUAGAUGUAAUUAGUUAACAUUCCAACUUAUCCGCGAGUGAUACGUCACCACGGCUGGCUAGUGUUGCGUUCAUUAUCAUUUCCAUUUCUAUUAUAAAGGCACGUAUCGAAUGUUUCUGAUGUCGACAUAGAUGUUUUAUUACCAAAAAUUUAUAUGUAUAAAUACUAACCGCAUGACAAAUGACACUUAACAAUUAGUCGAUAAGAGGAAUUGUUGAAAGGUUACAUUCGCAAACUAGAACAAAUAUUGUGUAUCGUUAGUUUUAAGUAUUUUUAGUUAUGUUCGCAUGUAUUAUCUUGAUUAUAAAAUGUGGUAUACAUUGUAAGGUAAUGUACGUUGGUUUACGAUAUUUAAUUUGUCAGCUGUAUGUAAACACCGUUGUUACUUAAUGUUUUCAUCGUGGCUUGGUGCGCUAUGAGUACUGUCAAAUUAGACUGGAGAACUUGGGAUACUGUAAUAUUCUAUGCUUAAAUGAAAAUAAAGAAGAUUAAUCCUA